AUGUCGCAGGUAUCCUUCUCCACACACUGCCAAAACCACUACCAAUUCAGCCAUUCAGUAAAUGUCUUCUCCUGUAUUUCAGAUGAAAAUGCUCUGCAGCCUUGGACCACUGAGGUUCAGCAAAAGCUGCGCCAAGGGCCACUUCAGAGGUCGCUAGGCCCCAAUGCCCCCUUGGGAAACAACAGCACAGCAGCAACAGAGGGGCCUCAGGCGUGGGCUUCAAGAGUUCGCCUUCGCUCUCUCAGGAGUCCCGCUUCUGCUGCAGAUGACUUUUUGAAGUUCACGGGCGACUCUGAUGCGGCUGCUGCGGCAGCUGCUGCUGUUGACACUGAUGCUGCUGAGGAAAGCAGAAGACGUAAGUUCGCCGUCCUUCCGCUGAGCGCUGAUGUUGCUGUACAGCUCCACACGUUUGUGUCGGGGCCAAGUGCAACGCCAAAGAGCCACGCCAGCAAUGCCGUCGGCGCAACAGCAGCUGCUGCUGCUGCUGUACCACCUUCUGCACCACUCCCCAGGUAUGCUGAGCCUAAAACCCCUUUCAUCGGCCCGUCCGCAGGUGCUGCGAAGCGACACUGGCUGGGUUACCCCUCCAACAACAGCUUAGGCCCUUCAUUUGAAAGUGUUUGGAGUGGCCGCCCCUUUGUUUCUGUUCCUACUUCAUUAGUCCAAAUGAACAAGUUCGACAGCAGCGAAAAGAAAACAAUCUACCCCGCCCCCGAGCUGGUGGAGGAAGGCUACGGGAAAUUGGUGUUACCCCCUGCCAGACUGUCACAAAACACCACCCCUCCUAACCCCAGCUCUACCCCAUCGCCCGGCACCGAGGGGUCCCCCGGGGGAGCCCGCGCGCAGGCCGAAGCAGUAGCAGCAACGGACUUCGUGCCUGGAAACUACACCCCAGACGUGCCGCCGGAGGUGGCCCUAGAGGGCUUGGGGGAAGGACAGGGGCCUGAUGCCUUCGGGGAGGGAGAGGUGGGCUUCGAGGACGAGGGAGCCGUUGGGGGGGACCCGUUCGACCCCUCCUACGUCGAUGGCUUGCCACUCGCCGACAUGGGCUACGCAGACAUGGGCUACAUGCCAGGGGCCUACGGUGACCCGUCAGUGAUGGGGGUACCAGGAGCCAUGGGCUAUGGGGGAGCCAUGGGAGGAGUUGGUGCCUACCCAGUCGGGGCUCCUGGCUAUGCAAUGGGCGGCUCAGCCUACGGGCUAGACGGCACAUACUACGACCCGUACGCCAUGGGUGGUGGGAUGUACGGGGGUGGCAUGUAUGGGGGGCCAAUGUAUGGGGGCCCCAUGUAUGGGGGGGGCAUGCACGGGGAAUAUGAUGACCACUAUGAUUACUACAAAAACCGAUACAAUGAUGAAUACGCUCAGAAGCACGCGAAAGAGGCUGCUAAGGAAGAGGCGAAGCGAAAGAAAGCAGAGGAGGAGAAGGAAAGAAAAGAAAAGGAAAAGGAGCAGAAAAAUGCCGAGAAAGAAGAGAAGAGGAGACUAAAGGAAGAAAAAAAAGAGCAAAAGAAAGCUGAAAAGGAAGAGAAAAAGGCGAAGAAAAAGGAAGAGAAGAAAGCAAAGGAAGCUGCUGGCGAUCAGAAAAAGAAGGACAAAGCAGCGUCCAAAAAGCAUGCCAAAGCAGACAAAAAAGACAAAAGUGACAAAGUGGACAAAAAAGACAAAAAGGAAAAGGAUAAAGGAGGGGACAAAGGGAAAGAUAAGAAGGACAAAGGCGAUAAGGCAGCAGAUACAAAAAAAGAUAAAAAAGGCAAAAGAGAAGGAAAGAAAGAAAAGGGGGGCGGCGACAGUAAAGCUGAGGGCAAAGACGCCGCUAAAGAUGGCUCCAAAAACGGUGAGGACAAGAAGGCAGAAAAAGACGCCAAAGGAGACUCAGCCAAAUCAAAAAAAGGAAAGGACAAGGCGAAUGAUAAAUCAAAUAAAAGCGCAGAUAAAGCAGCAGAUAGGACAGAAAAGGCAGCGGACAAGAAAGACAAAGCAGCAGCAAAGGCAGACAAAGCAGCAGCGAAGAAAGAGAAGGCGGAAGGAAAAGCAGACAAGGGAGCAGCCAAAGCAGAAAAGGGAAAGGACGGGGAGGCAGCCAAGGGCGGCAGCGACAAAGCACAGAAAUCCGCUAAGGGAGAUAAAACAGCUGACAAGGGACAAGCAAAUGCUGACGCCAAAGGGGGAAAGGACAAGGCAGCAGCAAAAGAACAGAAAAAAGCGGAGAAGGCAGCAGCAAAGGAACAGAAGAAAGCAGACAAGGCAGCAGCACAGGAACAGAAAAAAGCGGAGAAGGCAGCAGCGAAGGAGCAAAAAAAGGCGGACAAGACAGCAGCAAAGGAAAAGAAGAAAGCAGACAAGGCAGCAGCCAAGGACCAAAAGAAAGUAGACAAGGCAGCAGCCAAGGACCAAAAGAAAGCAGACAAGGCAGCAGCCAAGGACCAAAAGAAAGCACACAAGGCAGCAGCCAAGAGCCAAAAGAAAGCUGACAAAGCAAAGGCGAAACAGGAGAAAGCGGCAGCAAAGCAACAAAAGAAGGCAAGCAAGGCAGCUGCAAAACAGGAGAAGGCAGCAGCAAAAAAGCAGAAGAGUGCAGAAAAAGCGGCGAAGAAACAGCAGCAGAAAGCAAACAAGGCAGCAAAGAAGCAGCAGCAGAAAGCAGAUAAGGCAGCGAAAAAACAACAAAAGGUAGCUGCAAAACAGCAAAAGGCAGCAGCAAAAAAGCAAAAGGCAGCAGCCAAGAAGAGCAGUAAAAAGACGAAAUCUGCGAAAACGUCGAAGAAGUCAAAGACGACAAAGACGAAAACUAAAAAGGCAAAGACAAAGAAAACGAAAGCUAAGAAGCCAAAGACCACGAAAAGACGCAAAACAAAAACCUCCAGGGCGAAAAGGAAGUCAAGGAAAAUCAAAAGGAGAAGGUGA